AUGCGUCUCCUCAACGCAAAGACUUGCCGACUCGAGGAAUUCUUUGGGGACUACACACCUCCAUAUGCCAUUCUAUCCCACACUUGGGGGAAGGAAGAGGAUGUUGAAGCGAUCUCGCCCCCGACUCACAAGCUGGGCUACGAAAAGAUCACCUGGUCCUGCCGCAAGGCCCAGACCUUCGCUCUGAGAUAUGUCUGGGUUGACACCUGCUGCAUCUAA